CAAGAACCUCAACCUCGACACCAAGACGGAUGUGAGAGUCCACGUGACAUCCAACCUGAUGAGAUUUUUAUUCCCGAUUCACCUCCAUUUGUUCCCAAAUCACCUCCAUUUGUUCCCAAUUCACCUCCCUACCAUCAUUUCUUGGACGAUAGGCCUCCACCCUCUCCCGCUCCUGUAGCGGAGAUGAAUCAAGUUUCGAUUGAUGAUGACAAUGGAUGUGCAUCGGAUGUCUCGUCUGUGGCAUCUGUUUUACUGGAAGAGUAUAGCAGUAGCUCUGAUGCGGAAAACAUAGAAAACGACCAGUAUGAAGUUGAGCGGAUUCUUUCGCGUGAGAUGACUCACGAUGGCCACUACCUCUACCAUGUCAAAUGGGUCGGUUAUGAAAUUAACUGCGAACCAGACAGCUACGUGGAUGAGAAAGACAUGGUAAGCUUUCGUUUCGUUUUGCUUCAUCUCGAAACCUUGUCUGAAUAUCCAGAAAAUCUAUGA